UAAAUUUAACACAAUCCAGAAAGAAAUUGUUCGUGGCAGGUGACCAAAGUGAAAAGUAAACCCAGAAUUAGAAAAUUUUCAAGCCAGCAAGAAGUGUUUAUAGUAAAACGAAAAUGUACUUAUUUAAAUUACUAUUAAUUUGCGUUUUGUGCCACUCGUGUAUAGCAAAGGAAGAAGAUGUUUUAGAAUUUGGAGACGGUGAUUUUGACUCUAGAAUCGCAGAACAUGAAACGGCCCUUGUGAUGUUUUACGCACCAUGGUGUGGACACUGCAAGAGAUUGAAGCCUGAAUACGCCAAAGCCGCUGAAGAUUUAAUCAGAAAUGACCCCCCUGUGGCUUUAGUUAAGGUAGAUUGUACUGAAGCUGGUAAAGAAACUUGUAACAAGAACAGCGUUAGUGGGUAUCCCACACUAAAGAUUUUCAAGAAUGGUAAAUUCUCUCAAGACUAUAAUGGUCCAAGAGAAGCAGGAGGCAUCGUGAAAUAUAUGAAAUCACAAGUAGGCCCAAGCUCUAAAGAAUUGAAAACAGUCCAGUGUCUCGAAAAAUUUUUGACCACAGAAAAAGAAAGUGCCGUUGUUGGUUUCUUUGAGAAGGAAUCGGAAUUGAAAGCUGCUUUUUUGAAAUUAGCGGAUAAAUUGAGGGAGAAAAUUCGUUUUGCUCACACUACUUUCAAGGAGCUAUUGGACAAACAGGGAAUCAAAGAUGGUGUUGUACUUUUUCGUGCUGCUCAUCUACAAAACAAAUUUGAAGACGGUACUGUUAAAUACGAUGGUAAACCCAACACUGCAGAUCUAAACGAUUUCAUUACUGACAUCUUCCAUGGACUUGUGGGACAUCGCAAACCAGACAACAAGGAUGAUUUUAAAACUCCUUUGGUUGUUGCUUAUUAUGCCGUCGACUAUGUCAAGAACCCUAAAGGCACCAACUACUGGCGCAAUAGAAUUUUGAAGAUUGCUAAAGAAUUCAAAGGCAAAGCAACUUUUGCCAUUAGUGCGAAAGAUGAUUUCCAGCAUGAACUCAAUGAGUACGGCUUAGACUACGUCAAAGGGGACAAACCAGUUGUGGUUGCACGAGAUGCCAAAAAUCAAAAAUUCAUCCUAAAGGACGAGUUCUCAAUUGAAGCCUUGGAAGUCUUCGUUAAUGAUGUUUUGGAAGGUAACUUGGAGCCUUACCUAAAAUCUGAACCUAUUCCAGAAAGUCAAAAUGAACCCGUUAAAGUUGCCGUUGCAAAGAACUUCGACGAAUUGGUUGUGAAUAAUGAAAAGGAUACACUUAUCGAGUUUUAUGCUCCUUGGUGUGGCCAUUGUAAAAAAUUGGCACCAGCCUAUGAUGAACUAGCAGAGAAACUAAAAGAUGAGGAUGUAGUUAUUGUAAAGAUGGAUGCAACGGCAAAUGAUGUACCUGCUCCAUUUGAAGUACGUGGCUUCCCUACUCUAUACUGGGCAUCUAAAGAUGCAAAGGAUGCUCCAGUUCGUUAUGAGGGAGGACGAGAAGUUGACGAUUUUAUCAAGUAUAUCGCCAAACAGGCCACAAAUGAAUUGAAAGGUUAUGACAGAAAAGGUAACCCUAAAUCCGAAAAGACUGAACUCUAAUUAUUUACUAAACUAUUAUAUUUAUAAUAUUUUUUUAAUAUUUCCACAUAAUUUUAUAAAACAUUUCAUCUAGA